GGGACAUAUUAAAAUUUACUAAAAAUUCAUCAAAUUUUCGAUUCGACCGAAUUUGAUUUCAAUUUCAUAUUUUUUUUGGUGUCACAUAUUUUAUUUUUAUUUUAUUUUUUUUGAAAUAACUGCAACUAAAUAGUUGAGAAGGUGGUGAAGUACCUAUAUUGUUGAUGUAAGAACUCAAUCUUAUCUCAGGGUCAUAAAAGUUCAAAAGAUAAUUGAUUUUUCAAGUUGAGAUACCUAUACCUACUUGAUUGAUUAAACAUUUUUUCGUAAGUACCUCUACCUAUACUUAUAUAGGUAUAGUUCAAUAUAUACACCUCCUUAGUACCUGAUCAACAUUGAAAAUAAGCACAACCAAUGUGUGAUAGAUGUGAAGCUGAAGCUUUCUACAGCACUGUAAAGUUUUUAUUGUGUAUCAUCAGUGUGCUAUAGCUUAGUUUAUAUUUGUAUGAAUAUAUUUUCAUCAUCAUCAAGUCAGCGUUAGAAAAAGUAGGUUUUACAGGCAAACUUCAAUGUCCUACCUACAGAGAAUUAACUGAAGAAUCAUACACUAUAAAUCUACUCACCUGUCCAAGAAAUGUACCUCUACGCUGCAAUAAUUUUUUUAGCGUACGUUCUUCCACCUGCAGAAUCAGCUAAAAUACUAGGUAUUUUUCCAGUUCUCAGUAAAAGUCACGAUUCGAUUCUCCAACUCAUUCUCAAAGGCAUAGCUCACAAAGGUCACGAAGUUACCGUACUUCGUCAUUUCAAAUCCACUGACAGUACACCAAAUUAUAGAGAAAUUCUCAUUUCCGACCCGAAAAAAUUUCAAAGUUUUCUAGAAGGUAUUACAGUUCAAGAUAGUGUGAAUUUCGCGGGAGUACAAAAUUAUUUAAAGGUUAAAUUGGCUGUAGAAUCAAAAAGUUGUGAUGCGAUUCUUCGUUCACAAUAUAUAAAACAAUUGAUAAAUUCGAAAGAUGAUCGUCCGAUCGAUUUAAUUAUCGCUGAGGUUUACGCUACUCAGUGUUUUCAUUUAUUAGCGCAUAAGUUGAACGUUCCAUUGGUCGGUGUUUUAGCAACGAGCUCAGAAAUAGGCAUCGACUAUUUUGUUGGAAAUCCCUUUAUUCCAUCAAUUACGCCUCUGCGCGAUUCAAAAUUCGCAACGAAAAUGAAUUUCUGGCAACGUUUUGAAAACGCUGUUCAGUAUGCUACAUCAUAUUGGAACCUUUAUUUCACACAAAAUAAAAAUAUGGAGAGAUAUGCUCGUGAAAUUUUCAAUAUGCAACUUCCAUCGGAUGAAGAACUGAAUAGAAGAACAGCAAUGGCCUUUUAUAAUAAUCAUCCGAGUUUCAUUUCAAGACCUACGUCUCCUAAUGUGAUAAAUAUAGCUGGAAUACACAUCAGAGAACUCAAAAAAUUACCCAAGGAUAUUGAAGACUUCAUUGAAGGUGCCGACCAUGGAGUGAUUCUAUUUUCUUUUGGAACUGCUGUAAAGGCCAGUAGUAUGCCGCCUGAAAAAUUGGAAGCUAUUAAAGACGCACUAUCAGCUAUACCUCAGAAAGUCUUAUGGCGAGUAAAUGAUUUAAACAUAACCAAUGUUCCACCAAAUGUCAAACUAGGUAAAUGGUUUCCUCAACGAGAUGUAUUAGAGCACAAAAAAGUAAUCGCAUUCGUUAGCCAUUGUGGUUUGCUUGGAACACAGGAGGCUAUUCACACGGCAACUCCAGUCGUCGGAAUUCCCUUCUACUUUGACCAAUUUCAAAAUGCCAAUGUACUGGUUGAGCGAGAAGUUGGCAUUUAUAUCGACUAUUUUGAGAUGAAUAAAAAUAAUCUUCUCGAUGCGAUUAGGGAAAUCACAACAAAUACCAAAUAUCGCGAGAAUAUGAUAAAAUGGUCCAAAAUUUUCAAAGAUAGACCAAUACCUCCUUUAAAUGAAUCUCUGUAUUGGAUAGAAUAUGUAUUGAAGCAUCAAGGAGCUCCUCAUCUAAGAACAGCGGCUGCUGAUAUGCCUCUAUAUCAAUACUUACUGUUGGAUGUGCUUGUAUUAAUAUUGAUUAGUAUUGUAGGUUUUGUGUACUUUUUAAAAUUAAUUUUUAAACGACUAAGUUUAUUUGUGUGCCGAUCAAAACCUAAAAAAAAUAAAACCGAAUAAAAUUUAUGUUCAAUAUAAAAUUUCUGCUAGAACCUUACCCAAAUUUAUUACUUACUUUUUAACAAUCAAGAGACCUUCUUCCCGUAAAAAAAAAAAUUUGUAAGGAGAGGGGAAAAAUAAGACACGAUUUCAACAUAGGA